GAGCAGACGCUACUUGCUUGUGGAAAUGAUUUCGAUGGUGACGAGUAACGUCAGAGUAGUUCGGUCAAUCCUCGCCGCUGCUCCUCAUCGCUCUGCCCUACGAUUGCUUCCAUCGAUCGAUCCUCGCUCCUCCUCCCUGCUGCAGUUAUCUCGAUCCCACACAAGCCCUUCCCUGCGAACCCUCGCUGUCGUGGCUGCUCGUUCCUCCUAUUCUUCUUUGUUGUCCACAGAGGAACCAAAUAUGGUGAAGGUCAAGGCCAUCAGAGUCCAUGAGCUCGGAGGCCCCGAGGUUUUGAAAUGGGAAGAGGUGGAAGUUGGGGAGCCUAAGGAGGGAGAGAUCAGAGUGAGGAACAAGGCCAUAGGCGUUAAUUUCAUCGAUAUUUACUUCCGCAAAGGGGUGUACACUAAGGACCUGCCCUUUACACCUGGAAUGGAAGCUGUUGGAGUGGUGAUGGCUGUGGGGCCUGGUCUGACCGGAAUAGAAGUAGGGGAUGUUGUUGCUUAUGCUGGCAACCCAAUGGGUUCCUAUUCUGAAGAGCAAAUUCUUCCGGCAAAUGCUGCUGUUCCUGUUCCAUCUACAAUUGAUCAUAAGGUUGCAGCAUCCAUUCUACUCAAGGGAAUGACAGCAUAUGUUCUACUCCGUCGUUGUUUUAAGGUUGAGGCUGGCCACACUAUUCUUGUUCAUGCUGCUGCUGGAGGGGUAGGUUCAUUGCUUUGCCAAUGGGCAAAAGCCCUUGGCGCCACUGUUAUAGGAACUGUUUCAACUGAAGAGAAGGCAGCUCAGGCAGCACAAGAUGGAUGUCACCACGUAAUAGUACACACAAAGGAGGAUUUUGUAUCCAAAGUGAAUGAAAUAACAUCAGGCAAAGGAGUCAAUGUUGUCUACGAUUCUGUUGGAAAAGAUACAUUUCAGGGAUCCUUGUCAUGCCUGAUGUCUAGAGGUUUUAUGGUCAGCUUUGGGCAGUCAUCAGGGACUCCAGAUCCUAUUCCACUCAGUUAUCUUCUCCCCAAAUCUCUCUUCCUCACCAGACCUUCACUGAUGCACUACACUGCAACUCGCGACGAGCUGCUUGCAGCCGCAGGAGAGGUUUUUGCCAAUGUUGCGUCUGGUGUGCUGCGUGUUCGGGUCAACCAUAUUUACCCACUGUCAGAUGCUGCUCGUGCCCAUAUUGACCUGGAGUCAAGGAAAACAUCUGGAUCUAUUGUGCUUGUGCCUGAUAUCUAGAUCCACUGUUCUACUGGAGAACUCAAUGUACAAGAAUAAUGCAGGUUACACAUUUUCUCCAACGAUGUUUUAUUUAGACUCUCAUGCUUGGGUAUUUGGUUGUUUGCUAAUGGUUUGAAUCAAUAUUCUUCUUCUGCGCAAUUCUGACUUCUGAGACUUGUACUAAAGCUCCUCCAUCUGGUAAACCAAAUUUCAUUUA